GUCCAAAUUGGGGCCAAUCAGCCAUUUUCCCUCCCCGUGUCAUGUGACUCGUUAGUGUUACAAGGUCUCAGGUGUGAAUGGGGAGUGGGUGGGUUACAUUUGGUGUUAUCGCUCUCACUCUCUCAUACUGAUCACUGGAAGUUCAACAUGGCACCUCAUGGCAAAGGACUCUCUGAGGAUCUGAAAAAAAGAAUUGUUGCUCCACAUAAAGAUGGCCUAGGCUAUAAGAAGAUUGCCAAGACCCUGAAACUGAGCUGCAGCACGGUGGCCAAGACCAUACAGCGGUUUAACAGGACAGGUUCCGCUCAGAACAGGCCUCGCCAUGGCCGACCAAGGAGUUGAGUGCACGUGCUCAGCGUCAUAUCCAGAGGUUGUCUUUGGGAAAUAGAUGCAUGAGUGUUGCCAGCAUUGCUGCAGAGGUUGAAGGGGUGGGGGGUCAGCCUGUCAGAGCUCAGACCAUAUACCACUGCAUCAAAUUGGUCUGCAUGGCUGUCGUCCCAGAAGGAAGCCUCUUCUAAAGAUGAUGCACAAGAAAGACUACAAUCAGUUUGCUGAAGACAAGCAGACUAAGGACAUGGAUUACUGGAACCAUCUCCUGUGGUCUGAUGACACCAAGAUAAACUGA